GAGAAAUGUGACUCACGCGAUAGAUGCUUCGUACUUGCCGCUGUACUGUACUGUCUGUCCUUAUCUUGUGUUACACUAGAAGCGUGUGUAGUUAAGUCUUAUUCAAGAAACAACCCUCACUGUGACCGAGAAACCAGGUAUGGUGUUUGAGCCGAAGGAAUCCGCGAAGCUGCCGGUGUCGGAGGAAGAUGGCAUCGAGCUCGAUCUUCCCGAGGAAUAUGAGGAUGCGCUGAAAGGAGCGUCGGAGGCUGAGCUCAUCGAUAUCGCCGGCGUGCUGGAACUACAUAGCAUGCUGACGCAGGACCAGUACUGGGAGUCUUUCAAGAACGUUCUAGCACAGGAAAAAGAUGCCACUUUCUCAGGACCUGCGAAGAUGUCCCAACUGAAGAUUGUCCUGCCCGAGAAACCUAACGACACAGACUUUGGUGCGUCGCUGGAGAAACUGAAGAGCAACGAUUCGUCGAUGAAAACUCUCAACCUGAACAACAAAAGCAGGUCGACGGUGUUGGGAGUGAAGUUUGAGAGCGAGAUCUGUAAACUGGUACAGGAGAACACAUCCAUCCUGAGACUCGGUCUCAACUUCGAGACGCUCGAGGCGCGGAUGAAGAUCGUCGAGUACCUGCAGCGCAACACAGACACACUGCGACAGAACAGAGUCAACGACGAAGCAUACACGCCGCCAAAGUUCAACGCGCCGAAAGGAACCCGAGAGAAGCUGCCGGAGAAGGUUCAAAACACGAAGUUCAUCUCGGACAGGUUCAUGACUAAGGAGGAAGAAGAGAGGAGCGCAGACAAAAACAGCGGUCCACAUAUAACCGCGCGGAGGGAGCAGAAGAGCGACAGCGAGCCGGAGUCGGACUGAUCCCCCCCCCCGCGUCGUCGCUCCGUCAUUUAUUCGUCGUCGUCGUCGUCGUCGUCGUCGUAACGUGUCGUCGUGCGAGUGAGGAGGGAGGGAUCCGCGUAUUUUUCACGGCGCUACCGCCGUGCCGCAUCCGCGAGUGGUCACCGCUGGAGCAUCUCUCACCCCCACAGUCGCACAACAGCUCAGCAGAAUUGUGUGUGUGUGUGUGUGUGUGUGUGUAAUAGCCCCCCCGAAAUAUAAACGCAGCAGCUUCCGCUCGUCGUCAUGGCAGCGAGUAAAGCGAUCUCAUGGCACCGGCGCAUUUAGCGUCUGUGCCCAAAUCUUGGUUAUGAUAAAAAUUGGUCUCGGAGUAGUAUCGGAAAGCGUUAGUUAUUUCAUAAGGCGUUCUUCUUUGCGAGUGUUUUAGUCAUGUGCCGUGACACUCGUUUGGAGGAAAUCGUUUGGUUGUGAUCCUCUCUCGUGUGCGCAGUGUACUCCCUGACCCUCCGUUACUGGGUCAGCUGUGUAUAUGCGAACGCACCGACACAGCACAAGUGCAGUUUAUAUUUGACGAGUUGGGGUUGCUUUUGCCAGCAACUUCUGUCUUCUUCACAACAGCAAUGGCUCGCGCGCAUGCAUGCAAAUCAUCUUGGUAUAUUCAUUUCGAUAGAUAAUGUAAUGAUAUUAACAAUCAGUAAAUUGAUAACUACUUCUUUGCGUCCAGUGUAUAGUUUUCGUCGCGUGCGUGAGCAGUGGUUCAUAGUUUACAUAUAGUAACUUUCACAGAGCAGUGAUCGCCGUAGCUUACACGUGUGGCUGCUAGCUUCGUGCCGUAUGAUGGCAGCACUGUGUCUCGCGCGCUGGUCUGUAGGUUUAGCACAUAACUUCAUUAGUUUGCUGGACACAGGGACGAUGUUGUUGCUAGCCUAACGCAGACCGAGAAAUCGACUAGUUCUUCGUCGUAUUGUAGAUGUUUGCUGCGAUCGUCUAUGCAGUAGGCAUGCUGCGGCCCUCCUUACGUGCAGUGAGUGAUGAGUGGUAUUCGCGCAUCCCUGCCUCCUAUAAUUCACUAGCGUGACAGCGCUUGCCUCUACGAGUAGUCAGUCAUUCGUACUGGAAAAGUCGUUCGCUUCUCUUACUAAAUAUGCACUAUAAUCUUCUACCGAAGUCGGUAUAUAUAUAUAUAUAUAUAUAUAUAUAUACGUACGUACGUACAUGCCUGCUGUUUCGUCCACGGAUGGCAUGAUAUAUACUGAUAGAUGUGCAUGAGCGUGUGUGCGUGUGUUUUAUUUCGGGUGGAGAGUAUCUUUGGUUUGGGAGAGAGCCGUGCUACACGCACACAGCACACAGCACUCCCGUGCUUUAUAUGUGUCAGCUAGAAACUUAAUUGUGCGGUGUUACGCCACGAAUGCUGUUCUCGGGCUUGCGCAGCUGCAGUGUAAAUACAUUACAGUGAUGAUAUAUAUUAGGUGUACUCCUGGGUUACUGUUACGCAAAUACCCCUGAAAAUCAAAGUAAGUGUGAAUUCGGUUCUAGCAUCGAAUUCAAUUUUUUGCAUUUAACCGUGUUUUUUCGAGUUGUAUAAGUGAGGAGGGAAGGUAGAGAUGAAGUUUCAGCUACUUAGUAUUGAUUAACAGGGCUUAGUCUGAUCAAUAAUCAAUAGUCAAUAUGCUACCGCACGUGAUCGUAGAGGCCAAUUACUAAAAAAUUUAAACUUGGGUAAGAAGGAAAUGGUAUCCUAGAGAUGGUAUAGCUUGGUGGCUGGUAAAGCGUUGCACCCUUUUAGCAUUAUUUAUGGACCAUUGGAAAUCGUGAAUGAGAAAUAGCUAGUUUUAGUAUGUAAGAUAAGUUUUGCAGUUUAGCGAUUUUAUAAAAAUCUCAACAUUUUGUGCUUCUAUAAAAGUCUUUGUUAUCAAAAAUUAUGAAUUUGAAGCUCGUAUUUAUUUUGUUUGUGUAUAAUUUAGUUGAAUAGGGGCAAUUCUAUUCCACGAGAAACAGUUUUAUAUAUUGUAUUACUUCAGUUAAAUCUUGAAGUGAUUUUAGAUUGGUUCGCAACUCUUUGAAAUAAAUAAAUGAAUAAAUAAAAACAGAAUAUACGACAA